AUGAGGUCGGAUAAGGAGAUGGUCUCUCAGGAGGUCGGAAUCGACGCGACCGCACAAGAUGACUGGGACAUGCAGCGUCUGGGAAAGACACAACAGUUCAAGAGAAAUUUCCGUUUCUAUUCGAUCUUAGGUUUCACCACGACCUUGAUGGCUACUUGGGAGUCGAUUUUGCUUACGAGUACCUACGGUUUGACCGAUGGUGGACGAGCGGGGAUGGUCUAUGUAUACAUUGGAUCUUUUGUGGGUUUCUUUUCGGCUGUGAUUUCUAUGGCUGAGAUCUCGUCCAUCUCCCCAACAUCCGGUGGACAGUACCACUGGGUUAGCGAGUUUGCCUGGCCAAGGUACCAACGGUUUUUGAGCUACCUCACCGGAUGGCUUUCGGUACUGGGAUGGCAGGCUGCAUUUGCGAGCAUCUGCUAUCUUGUCGGUACUUUGAUUCAAGGACUCUUGGUCUUCAACUACUCAGACCCUUCCGGUUGGGUCUACGUUUAUGAGCGUUGGCAUGGUACUCUACUCACCAUCGCCAUCGCCGCCGUCGGUACCGUGGUCAACACUUGGGGUUAUAAAAUCUUGGCUCCUAUGGAAGGUCUCAUUUUGGCGAUUCACAUCUUUGGGUUUGUCGCUGUGAUUGUCCCGAUGUGGGUGAUGACUCCAGGAAAAGCUACUGGAGAGGAAGUUUGGAAGGAAUUCACAAACUCGGGUGGAUGGCCCAGUAUGGGUCUCGCAUGUCUUGUCGGCCAGUUGACUCCAAUUUUCUCCUGGACUGGCCCGGAUGCUGCGACGCAUAUGGCCGAGGAGAUCCAGAAUGCUGCUUUGGUCGUGCCGUGGUGUAUGGUUUCGACAGCACUGAUCAAUGGAGCACUUGGAUUCGUUAUGCUCAUUACAUUGCUCUACAAGAUGGGUGAUUUGCAAGAUGUUCUUGCCCCUGCCAGUGGCUUCUCGUUUCUUCCAGCAGUUAAUCACGCGACUGGCUCCGUUGCUGCCACCAACGGAGUGGCUGCGAUCAUUCUCAUUCUCGAAGUUUGCAGCGCCAUCGGCAUCCUUGCAACAGUCUCUCGCCAGACCUUUGCCUUUGCCCGUGAUGAUGCCUUGCCAUUCUCUAAGCAGUUGGCUCACGUGAAUCGCCGAACUCAGAUCCCCGUCUGCUCCGUGUUGGUCUCGACUAUUAUCACUGUGCUACUGAGUUUGAUCAACAUCGGUUCCACUGCUGCUUUCAAUGCUGUCGCAUCGGUGAUGAUUGCUGCUCUCUUUACUACUUAUAUCUUGCCGAUUGCCGCCAUCGUUCGGACUCGUUUCCAACCGGGUGGUAUUCCUCCAUCACGCUUUUCGCUCGGUGCCUUUGGUUUGGCGAUCAACAUCUUCUCGCUACUAUGGCUGUGCUUUGCCAUCAUUUUCACCUUUUUCCCAACCGCAAACAACCCGACCCCCGUGACUAUGAAUUGGUCUAUCCUUGUGUUUGGAGCGGUUGUUAUUUUUGCUAUCAUCCUGUACAUGGUGCAUGGCCGCCGUGUAUACCGGUCUCCCGUGACUCAGGUCCGCAAGGUUGAGUAA